AUGUCGUAUAGCAAAAUUCGGUCAGCUCAAACCAGUGCGGAGGAGCACUACAAGAUCACCAACGCCCGCCUUGAAAAGAUUCGUUCUCACCUCACGCAGGCCCCAAGAAGCAACAAAUUGAAGGACAAGGUUUGUGUGAUCACGGGUGUUGGUUCAUUGAAAGGAAUUGGGCGCGCUACGGCCAUUCUUUAUGCCCACGAAGGUGCCAAACACCUAUAUUUGUUGGACUACGAUCCCCAGAACCUCCCCAAUCUCAAAUCCACCAUUGAGAAAUCUUACCCCGAUGUCAAGGUAACCACAGUUCAGGGUGACGCCGCAGACGAAGCAGUUAUUGCUGGCCUCUGCAAGCAGGCUUUGGACGAAGAAGGCAGACUCGACGUGUUCUUCGCAAAUGCCGGUUGGGCGUCAAAAGACACCAUUCAAGAUGCAACCGCAGAAACGUUCAAUAGGUCCAUGAGGAUCAAUGCCCUUUCGUGCUUCCUCGCCAUUAAGCACGCCUCCGCGGCUAUGUUAAAGACGAAUUCUACUCGGGGUAAGGAAACAAGCGGCGGUAGUAUCAUCCUCACCGCCUCUGUCGCGGGCAUCCGUUCAGGUGCUGGAACUCUGGAUUACAGUGCAAGCAAGGCUGCCGUGAAUUCCAUGGCUAAGACUGCCCCAUAUCAAUUACAAAAGACCGACAUUCGCGUAAACUCUAUCUGCCCUGGCCUCAUCGAGACUGGGAUGUCUGCUGCCACCUUCGACUAUGCCCGCUCCCGUGGCACUGAUGGUAAGAUUGGCCAGUUAAACCCUCUCGGUCGGUACGGGGUCCCAGAAGAAAUCGCGAAAGCCGCUCUCUUCUUGGCGUCGGAUGACUCGAGCUACGUCAAUGGACAAAAUAUUGCUGUCGACGGUGGGCUUUCGUCAUCCCACCCUGUUGUCCCUGGCAGAUGGGCGUAG